GACAAUUAUGACAGCAGACAAUUUGCGUAUGAUGUAAAUAACAACUAAAACCAUUCUGUUUAUUCCCAAUAUAAAAAUGGAUAUUUUAAAAGCAGAAAUAGCCAGAAAACGUAAACUACUAGAAGACAAAGAGCUCUUGAGCGGAGAGAAAAAGUAUUUCAAGCGGGGCGAACUGAUAGCAAAAGAACAAGAAGAAUACCGUAAAAAAUACUCCGUACAAAACGAAACCAACGAAACAUCUUCAGCAAUCGUGGAAGGCGAAGAAAUCGAAUCGAACCUCCAGCACAGCAUCCUGCCCAGGCAAGAAGUCAUAGCGAGACUCAGGGACAGAAACGAGCCCAUUCUGCUAUUCGCAGAGACCGAAUUAGACGCCUUCACCCGGCUCAGGAAAUGCGAACUAUUAGAACCGGAAAUAAACCGAGGCUUCCGAAACGAUUUGCAAGAGGCCAUGGAGCAAGUAGACCAGGCCUACUUGAACGAAUUGCUCGAAGACGCCGAGGAGGCGAAGGUGUCGGAGAAAAAGGACAAAUUGCAACAGGAGCCCACGAUCGAGUACGAAAAGAUCAGGGAAAUGGCGAAGAGCAUGGGCAGGGGGAACAGGGAACACGAUAUGACAGUAAUCGUUCAUUUUAUACAACUGAUUUUGAAAGAAUGGAACGAGCAAUUGCAGAAGAGGAGCAAAGAGGAGAAAGCCGGGACGAAAGGGAAGUUGAAAGGGGCCACGUACGCCCAAACGCAGGAGUACCUGAGGCCCCUGUUGAGGAAAUUGAAGAACUUCACGUUGCCCGAAGACAUCUCCGAUAGCCUCACCGAAAUCGUCGUGCACGUGCUGGAGAGGAAUUACAUAAAAGCCAGCGUGGCUUUCCUGCAAAUGGCGAUAGGGAACGCCCCGUGGCCCAUCGGGGUCACCAUGGUGGGCAUUCACGCGCGUACCGGUAGAGAAAAGAUCUUUUCGAAGAACGUAGCGCACGUGAUGAACGAUGAAACGCAAAGGAAGUACAUCCAGGCGCUCAAAAGGCUGAUGACCAAAUGCCAGGAGUUUUAUCCGACCGAUCCUUCCAGGUGCGUGGAGUACCAAGCGUUCGGUAAACCCGAAACCUCCGAUUCUGUACAGCUGUAGAUAUUAGUUUUGUAAAUAAAGUUUUUU